AUGUCGCUGCUAGUUGUUCUUGUGUCAAUUUCCUUCUCGAUACUAUUAAAACAAGUUGACGCCACGGUUGAUGCAAAUGUGGCGGUAAAUUUAGCCAAGAUGGUGUAUAAAAACAUCAUUGAUCAUGCACACGGUGCUGAUAAAAAUGGCGGUAAAUUUGCAUUUACUUACAUUCAUUACGAUGCUACACUCACAAAACCUCAUUAUGAUAACCCGGUCGUCAACGCUUUGUUUGAUGUAUUCAAAGAGCAAAACAGAAAAAUGCCUCAACUGAAAGACAAAGAUCCAUCUUGUUGGCCAGCACCAGAGGCCGACGCUUCGUGUGCCGACAACAAUUUUAGAGUUGGAGUUUUCAGCACGGGACCAGACCAUCAGAAAGUCGCACAAAUAAAAAAAGUCGUCGAAAUUUUAGAUGAAGUGAAUUCGCCAAAGUGCCCGAAACUCGCGAUAUUUGGAAGAAGCAAAUACUCUGAUAAGAAUAUUGACCUCCGUGGAUGGCCAAUGCAUGAGGAUGGUUUUCUCCGGAAGAAAGAGGCUGUCGCAAAGCAGUGUGGUAAAACGCAAUUUUUCUACUAUGUCAAUGAAAAACCGAAAGCCGACACCCAACUCGCAUAUUUUGCAGAGAAUAAUGUGAACCUUGAUUUUCGUUCCGAUCAUGAUUGA